UCGUUUUUUUCUCCACGUUUUGUCGCUUUUUUCUACACAUAGCGCAACUAUGUUGUAAAUUAUUUCUAGUUUUAGUCCUACAUACACAGCUGUCGGCUUCGCUAAUCAAACACAUACUUGUGCAGCCAAUCGACUUUUUUUUCCAAAACAAUUACUUGCACUGUGCCGGCCACCGUUGGCUUCCAAAGUUUUGAUAAGCGACGAUGAAUAAUAAGCCGGAAAAAGAUGUGUCAUCAUAAUCGUGGGUAUUAUGCAGUAGCGUUUUACAUCCUGACAGUUUUCCAGUGAAGUGAGAAAUGCGCAAAGCGGAAACCUUUAGCCACAGCAAACGAAACUGAAUCCUGUUUGGUUUUCUUCUCGACUGUUGUGGUGAAGAGAGCCAUGGUCGUCUGGGACCAGUUCUGGACCGAUAUAUGCCCAACCGGGUUGCGGCCUUGGGUGCAGACCAACAGUGACCUUGCCCCAUGCUUCCAGGAGCUGAUACUGCAAUUGCCUGUUCUUGCGCUCUUCGCCACCUUCUCUGCGUACUACUAUGGAACCCAUUGGCGUACGGUGUCACGCAAUCAGACACAGCUGCGAGCGUUGCGAGUGCGAAUCUUUGCCUCGCUAGGAUUAACCUUCGUGCCAGCCUUGAAAGUGCUCUACAUUUUCCGCCUGCAUAAGGAGCUGUACCCGGUGGAUAUACUGCUCGCGUGUGUACAGCUGAUAGCCUGGCCUAUUCAUUGCUGCUUUCUGCUAUCUUCCGUACGCAAAGGUUCCCUCAGCCAUCGCGGCCCUCUGGCCCUGAUUGUGCUGUGGACGUCACUGUUUGCCUUAAGUGCCAUUUGGUUGCACACAAACCUGUACACCGAUUAUUGGCUGUGGUAUGCGGCCCAACUAGCGCUAUACCUGUUCUACGGAGCAACACUUGUUGCGCCAGGGAAUGCCCACUACGUGCGCCUCCGCCGGACGGAUGAUCAGGAGCGUCAAGCCUUACUGUCUCAAUCAUAUACACGUUUUUUCGAAGACAUUGAAGAAACGGCACUGGGCCCUAUCGAGGACGAUGCGAAUGUGCUCUCCAAGUUUGUAUUUUACUGGGUACGGCCCUUAAUCGCUAAGGCGGUGAGUGGAAAACUAAAGCGCAACGAUGACCUGUUCGAUCUGCCCGAAGCUCUUACGCUGCACCGUGUUACGGAGAAGCUCCAAACAGCGCUCAGUGAAACGAGCUCCUUGCUGAAAGCCCUGCACAAGUGUUUCGGAUGGGAGUUCUAUUUGAUCGGUCUGCUGCGGCUACUUGGAGAUCUGUCGGGUUUUGCAGGCCCCCUCCUGCUCGGCGCGUUGCUCCGUAUGGAGAUUAAUGGCAACAGUACCGUACCAGUAGAUCCUGCCGAUUCCAGCGGUUCGUCCGAUUUUGUAGCAUAUUACCAUGCGCUUGGCUUAUUUGGUUCGGCCAUAAUCAGUGCUUUCGCGGCAGUACACUUCAACUGGCGUAUGACUUUCGUUAGCAGCAAAAUGCGAAUGUCCAUCGUGACGGCCAUCUAUCAAAAGUCCCUAACGGCGAAGCAACUGCAAGCGGCUCGGCCAGAAAUACUUAACUUGAUGUCAACCGACACGGACAGAAUCGUUAACUCGUGUAUUAGCUUCCACUCGUUUUGGAGCAUCCCUUUCCAGCUGUUUACCACGCUCUACCUACUCUACACGCAGCUCGGUGUUGCUUUUGUUGCUGGUGUGCUGUUUGCAAUAUUGCUGAUACCGAUCAAUCGCAAGAUUGCGCAGAAAAUUGGACAACUCUCGCAGGGCCUAAUGGCAGCGAAGGAUGCGCGUGUCACGAUCACGACGGAAACCAUCAGUGGAGCCAAAGACAUCAAGCUAAACGCCUGGGAAGAUGUUUUCAUCAGCAAGAUCCAUCGCGAACGAGGUGAAGAAAUAAGCUUUCUAGCCAAGCGCAAGUAUCUCGAUGCACUGUGCGUAUACUUCUGGGCCACAACUCCCGUGCUGAUGUGCCUGUUUACGUUUGGCACAUCCAUCCUGCUCGGCAAACCACUCACUGCCGCAACGACCUACACCAGCGUAGCAUUGCUCAAUAUGCUUAUCGGUCCGCUAAACGCAUUUCCCUGGGUAUUGAAUGGAUUGACCGAGGCAUGGGUAUCGUUGAAGCGAGUCCAGGAACUGCUCGAUCUACCCGACGUAAAUCUGCAGGCCUAUUAUCGACCACUGACGGCUUCCGAUGCUGCCUUUGCCAAUUCUUCCAAGCGUCCCGUCGUGCUGGCCAUCAAGGAUGGAAGCUUCGAGUUCGAAACAAAGCGCAGCCGGAAGGAGUUGGAUUUGGUGCAGGAAGAUAUAAUUGAUUUCGCCUUCCGUGAUCUCACGCUACAGGUACGGCAAGGAGAGCUCGUCUGCCUAGAAGGCCCCGUCGGUGGUGGCAAAUCAUCGCUGCUGCAGGUAAUCAUGGGCUACUUUCAGUGCACUGCCGGUGCGGUAGCGAUUUCGAUGGAUGUAAAGGAAGGGUUUGGAUAUGUCGCGCAGACACCCUGGCUGCAGCAGGGGACCAUUCGAGACAAUAUUCUAUGGGGUGAAAUAUACGAUGAAGCGCGAUAUAAAGCAGUGAUUCAUGCCUGUGCACUGCAGUAUGAUUUGGAUGCGUUGCGUGGCGACAGCACGGGCGUUGGAGAACAGGGACGCACCCUUUCCGGUGGACAGAAAGCGCGCGUAGCACUUGCUCGUGCAGUUUAUCAGAACAAAAGCAUCUACCUAUUGGACGACAUUCUGUCGGCGUUGGAUGCGCACGUCGCAUCGCACAUAAUUCGCCACUGUCUGUUCGGACUGCUCAAAGACAAGACGCGCAUCAUUGUCACGCAGCACUCGAUGGUGCUUAAUCGGGCGACGCAAAUCCUUCACGUGGAAGCUGGCCAAGUUACGCAAAGCGAUGCACCGAACGUGGGGUCGCUGUUGAGUGAUUACGAUGACUACGAUGAGGAUACAAGCACUACACUUUCCAUGGCGAAUGGCAGUACGUCGUACGGAUCCGUGCGGGAGGAUGACGACCAGCGAAGCAACGACAGCGUACUGAUGGAAGAAUCGCGUGAAUUUGGUCAUCUUGAUCAAAAGGUGCUUGGAGCGUACUGGAAAGCAACUGGGCGUAGUCUUGGCUUUUGGGUCAUCAUGUCAGUACUCAUGAUGCAAGUGUCUCGCAAUCUCACCGAUGCAUGGCUGGCGUACUGGGUCGGUACGACCAACGAUAUUGCUCCGAACAGCACCGGACUGGCGGAAAACCCCACCGUACUCGAGCUAAAAGAAGGCGACGGAGUGCUUGCUUUGGUCGACCAUGCACUUUUACCAAUACUUACCGAUGGAAGCAAUGGAACGGCAACACCGUUCUACUAUUUAGGAGUUUAUGCAACGCUAGCAAUCAGCAACAGUCUCCUGACGUUGCUGAGAGCUUUCCUUUUUGCGUAUGCUGGCUUAAAAGCUGCCAAAUGCAUCCACGAUCGUCUGCUCAACAGCGUGCUUUACACCAAAUUGCAAUUCUUCGAUGUUGUCCCACUGGGAAGAAUACUCAAUCGCUUCUCAUCCGAUGUGUACGCCGUCGACGAUACGCUUCCUUUCAUAAUGAACAUCCUGUUGGCCCAAUUUUUCGGACUGCUCGGUGCACUUUUGAUCAGUCUGUACGCCAUGCCCUGGCUGGGACUGCUGAUUGUGCCUCUAGUGCCGAUAUACCUAUCACUGCAAAACAAAUACCGCUUUGCAUCGCGCGACAUAAAGCGGCUUUCGAGCAAUGCUCUUUCACCGCUGUACGCUCACUUUACCGAAACCUUGCAGGGGCUAACCACCAUCCGAGCGCUGCGCGGCGAAAAACGUUUCCAGCGAGACUUUCUCUACAAGCUGGGUGAAAGCAUAAAAUCUCAGCUAUCUGCAGCUGCGACGCAACAAUGGCUUGGCCUGCGGUUGCAGCUGUUGGGCGCCUUUCUCGUCGGAGGAUCCGGCCUGCUGGCGGCUAUCACAUCGGCCCACAUGACCUCGCCCGAGCUGGUGGGAUUGGCCAUUUCCUACGCACUGUCCAUCACCGGUCUGCUGUCGGGAUUAUUGUACGCUGUGGCCGAAACGGAACAGGAGUUCGUCGCUGUCGAGCGUAUCAAUCAAUACUGUCAGCUGGAGCCGGAAAUCAAUGCCGACGGAUCCGCCGACCCGCCGUUCGGGUGGCCGUCCCAGGGCGUGGUGGUGUUCGACAACGUGCAUAUGCGCUACCGAGAGCACUUGACCUGCUCAAUUAGGUCCAUCAACUUGAACGUGAAACCGUGCGAGCGCAUCAGCAUUGUCGGGCGAACGGGAUCGGGAAAAACGUCCGUGCUGGCAUCACUGUUGCGAGUAGCACCCCUGGACAAGGGCACCAUAGCGGUGGACUUUGUAAAUAUAGCCACCCUGCCUUUGGAUGUGCUGCGGAGCCGCAUUGCGCUCAUUUCGCAAGACCCGUUCCUGUUCAACGGUACAAUUCGAGACAAUCUCGAUCCCCGUGCCGUACACAUCGAUUCCGAAAUAUGGGAAGCCAUCAACUGCUGCUUGGCAAGCCCGCUGGUGCAGGCCCUUGGUGGUUUGUAUGGCCGUUUGGAUGUUAGCGGAGCAAAUCUUUCGGCGGGCCAGAAGCAACUGCUAUGCCUAACCCGUGCGCUGCUGAAGAAAUCCAAAAUUGUGCUGAUCGAUGAAGGCACCUCCAACCUAGACUUUGAAUCAGAAUCGGCCAUUCAGCUGGUCUUGAAGAACGCAUUUCGGGGCCGGACAGUCAUUGUAGUGGCCCAUCGAUUGAAGGGCAUUCUAGACACGGAUCAGGUGUUCGUCAUGCAGGAUGGCACCGUCAACGAGCAAGGUGUGCCGCGUGAUCUUGCCGAGCAACCAAAUUCCUUAUUUUAUUCUUUACUGCAAGAGCAGCAAAACUCUUAGCUAAACGUACAUAAAAGGUACCCUUAGAAUAGCCGAUCUUCCGGUACACUAUUAUCAAUUAAGAGCAGAAAUACAUAAACAACCAAUGUAAAUGUGUAAUAUUUUACGAUUCUUCAAAUUCAAUUACGAUUGAGUACCACACAAACUGAAAUUGAUCUGCAAUAUUUCGGAAAUAAAUAAUAUGUUUUAAAAGUUAC